ACCAGAAGGGGUUUGUUGGUAUUGGUCACUGUGAUCAAUAAACCAUUGUUCGUAGCUAGUGGUCAGUUACAGGGGGCACUGAGAAUUAAUGAACAGGAAGUUAAAAGCCAUAUUGGUUACAAAGCGUUAAUUAGGAAUAUUGGAAUUUAGAUAAUUAGUUGGUUGUACAGACAGCUAACUAAUGGUAGCUUGUUGUAGAGUUUAUAGGCAUUAAGCAGGAAAUUGGAUCUGACACUUCUGUACCAAUGUAAUGUGUGAAACUGAAGCAGAAAGUCAUUUGUGCUAAUUCUCUUUGGAAUGAAUUUUAUGUAAUAGUGUGAAAUUUUAAGAAAAUAAUUCUUGUGGGAUAUUAUUACAUUAGCAAUAUUUUGUGAGGAUUAAUAUAACAUGUGAAUCUGGAAAACCAACUUAAUAAUUAUAAAAUAACUAUAAAGAUAGUAAUGUGAAUGGAUAUAUAGGAGAUAAAAUAAAUCAAUAAGAAGAUGGACAGAAGAUGACCAGAGUAUGACAACACGAUGACUAAACAUCCUACCAUGGAUGGAAACUAUAAUUAUCACAAAUCAAAACAUCGACAUAGUCACAUCAAAAAUACCAAUGGCAGUAUGUCGUAUAGUUCUUCAGACGACGAGGAAGACUUCCAUUCGGACGACAACCUACGACCUUAUGAAGAGGUCAAAGUGGCACAUAACCACAAAAAGUUAAAUGGGUUAGGACUCACACCUGACAUCAUUUCAGCGGUGGACAAAAAGGGUCGUCAUGACAACCCAAAGGAUCCACAGUUGUAUCAUUACAAGAGUGGUUCUGACGGUGACCUUGACUCAGACCAAGAAAGGUCAGCAAAACAUGCUUCUUUAAAUGUAAACCACCAGGGCUCUCAGUGUUCUAUUUCAUCAAAUGAACUAGAUCAUGAACCUACACGACAAAACGGGAAUGUAUCACGAUUAUCUAUGAGUGACUCUGAACAAGAAAAUGUUUCACAUCGUCAUUCCCAUGCUUUCCACCAGCCACACGUGCACCAACCUUGUAUGGCUCACCAUAUACCAUAUCCAGCAUUACAUCAUGCAGCUACAGCACCAGCAUUUCCUUAUCUUCCCCCACCCCCUCCACCACCCAUAGAAGACAUUCCAGGACGGACACCGAUACAGAAACAGAGGUCAUUAGGUCAAGGAUCUAAUCGGGGAACUUAUUCUGACGCUGAAACUUGUGUGUGUCAUAGACAUUAUGGUGACUCAUAUAGUGCUCAUUAUCAUAGGGGACAUUACUCUGACAUGGAUACAUCGUCACGGUUACGACAUUGCCCAUAUUCUGAAGGAGAAGUAUCAGAUUUUGAACCACAUUAUUUAGAACAGACUCCUUCAGGGAAUGUUUAUAUCCCAGACGGUCAGCCACGUUUUCCACGAACAGUUCCACGCUCAGGUUCAUGUACUCAAGAAAAACCAUGUUCACAGUCACGCACAUCAAAUACAGUUCCUAACCAUUGUCAGAACGGCCAUGAUUUAGAUAGGCAUGCCUUUACCCACCCAGGAUUUUCCUGUCAACAGCAACAUUUAAUGGGAGGUUACCCACCUCCUGUUACAGACGAUUAUUAUUAUUCCAAAUUUAACUGUACAGGAAAACACAUGAAGAAGUUACAGCGAGGGUGUACGUGGAGGUGUACUGCUUUAGUUCUGGUGGCUAUUUGUGUAGUAUUGUUAGCUUGUACAUUAUAUUUUGCAGCUGCCAUGGUGUUCAAAGAAAAAGACCCAGUGUCAGCUGGUGCCUUGAAUAGUUCUAGUCAUUUAGGUUCAACUGUAGGUCCGACAUAUUUCCUAGUUGGUGACCCCAACGUAAAGCAUCAGAUUCCACCAAAGUCUUUCUGGAUGUUGAAGUUUAAUCAAGAUAAAGACAAGCGUGUCAAAUUCAAUUUUUCCAUUCCGAGUAGUGCUAUAUUAGGUGUAUACGGAAGACGAGGGAUAGCGCCCUCUAUUGUUCAGUAUGAUUUCUUUGAAGUGCUAGAUGGCAGUACGAUACCAAUGAGAAAGACCAGAUCUACAGAUAGGAUUAAAAGGAGUUACUAUGGUAAAGAUACUGGAUUUGUUCAGUAUCUGAUGGAAGGAAAAUGGUAUCUGAACAUCUAUAAUGACAGAAACUUCCCACAAUACAUCUCAUUUAAAACAGCAGAAGACAAUUCUCUAGUGAGUGAGUGCCCUUCCGAUUGUUAUGGUCAUGGUGACUGUGUAGAUGGAAACUGUCGAUGUUUUCCUGGAUUUAUAGGAUGGGACUGUAAAGAGAGAGAUUGUCUUGUUGUGUGUAAUGGUAACGGACAGUAUAUUGGAGGAGUGUGUCAUUGUAUACAAGGGUGGAAAGGUCAGGAGUGUAACGUUCCAGAGAAUGAAUGUGCACUCCCAGACUGUAACGGCAACGGUUAUUGUCAUGAGGGAGAAUGCCAUUGUGAUACAGGAUUUCAAGGACCUCAUUGUGGAAUCGUUGACUGCCUUCUUCCUAACUGCUCUGGUAACGGGGUAUGUCAUCUAGGACAAUGUGUAUGCUUCAAAGGGUUCAAAGGUCACGAUUGUCGACUCCCAGAUAAACUUAACGUCACUAACUUAUGUGCUCGAGAUUGUUCCGAGCGUGGGAAAUAUGAUGCUGAACUUGGAAAAUGUAUUUGUGAUAGAUUCUUUACUGGCAAGAACUGUCAAACAGAAGUAUGUCGUCUAACAUGUUACCGUGGUACCUGCCGUAAUCAGAAGUGUAUCUGUGAUGCUGGAUGGGGUGGAGCUUUGUGUGACCAGCUGUCAUGUGACCCACGAUGUGAUGACUUCAAAGGGAAGUGUGAGAAUGGAACGUGUGUCUGUCGGAAAGGUUGGAACGGCAAACAUUGCACUAUAGAUGGUUGUCCUAAUGGUUGUAGUAAACAUGGUGAAUGUCGUCACUUUUCCGACGGAUGGAAAUGUACAUGUCACACUGGCUGGACAGGAAAAGGAUGUGAUGUUGCCAUGGAGAUGGUUUGUGAUGACAUGGAGGAUAAUGAUAGAGAUGGGUUAAAGGACUGUCAGGAUCCAGAUUGUUGUUUUACUGCUUCCUGUGUAGAGGAUGCCUUCUGUCAGAUGUCACCUGACCCUGUUGACAUAUUGCUACGGAAACAACCUCCCAGUCCUACAGCUUCUUUCUAUGAUAGAAUGAAAUUCUUGAUUGAAGAAAACAGCGUUCAGAUUGGGACAUCUAGGAAUGCAUUCAAUGAAAGUCAAGUAUCAGUCAUAAGAGGAGCGGUUCUGACAAAAGAUGGCACGCCAUUGUUAGGGGUCAGGGUCACAGUUACCAGACAACCCCUGUAUGGGUACACCCUGACUAGGAGAGAAGGACAAUUUGACAUAUUGGUGAAUGGAGGUGGAUCUGUAACACUAGAAUUUACACGUCUUCCAUUUAUAACUAAGAAAAUUAGUGUACUGGUUCCUUGGAACCAGAUUGUCACUAUGGAAACUGUUGUCAUGCAUCUCAAAAAUCAACUUGGUGAAGCUUUUGAACCAGAUCCCAAACUAUGUGGUGUGAUGCAUGAUCAUUACAAACUAAAGCCAGUGGUCUUGUCGACAUGGCAACAUACACAGCUAGGAGCAUGCCCAGAGAGGAGUACACUCAUUCCUGAAUCACAGGUUCUUCAGGAGAGUAUAGAGAUUCCUGGUACCCAUGUCCAUCUGGUUUACCAUUCCAGUGAUGCCAUUGGUUAUAAAUCUGUUAUCCUGAUACAGAUGACCCCUGACACUAUACCCUCUAACCUUGCCCUUGUUCAUCUGAAGGUGUAUGUUGAAGGCAAUCAUGUAGAGAAAACUUUUGAAGCUGACCCUGAACUGAAAUAUACUCACUCCUGGGAUAGGAAGAAUGCAUACAACCAGAAAGUCUAUGGAAUUGUACCUGCCAGAGUACACGUUGGUUACAAGUAUACAGGAUGUGACUAUGUAUUCUGGGAAGUCCGUAGUACAACCAUGAGUGGAUUUGAUAUGACAUCAUCAGGAAUCGGUGGAUGGAACUUAGAUAUACAUCAUACUUAUAAUUUCCAAGAGGGUAUUUUACACAAAGGUGAUGGAACCAAUAUUUACCUGAAGGAGAAACCCCAGGAACUUGUUAAUAUCCUUGGUAACGGUCAACAAAGGAAACCAGACUGUGACAUGUGUAAUGGGCGAGCCCUCGAUAACAGUUUACUGUUGCCUAUAGCAAUGGCAAGUGGGCGAGAUGGAAGUUUGUACGUCUGGGACCAUAACUUUAUCAGAAAAGUUACUCCAGGCAGAGAUGAUAUUGCUAGCAUAUUGGAAACAAGUUCUAUAUCAACAUCUCACAAGCCCUACAUGACUGUCAGCCCUGUAGAUGGUAGAUUGUACAUCUCAGACUACAUGAAAUACCGCAUCAUCAAAAUAGCUACCAUGGGUCCAGUCAAAGAUCUCAAGAGUAACUUUGAGGUGGUAGCAGGUACUGGGGAGGAAUGUCCUCCAAUGGCCUUGGAUAAAUGUGGUGAUGGCAAACUAGCAAAAGAUGCAAGACUUGUCAGACCUAAAGGUAUUGCUAUCAGUAAGGAUGGAAUCAUAUAUGUAGCUGACAACUUGAACAUUCGUAAGAUUACACCAGAUGGUAAAAUCCAUACACUGAUAGACUCCCAAGCUCAGUCUAUGGCCUGGGAACCUAUGGAUUGUGGAACCAGUCAACCUGCAGACAAGGUCCGGUUACAAUGGCCGACAGACUUGACAAUAGAUCCCCUGGAUGAUACAUUACACAUUCUGGACAAGAAUGUUAUCAUGAAAAUGACGAAGGACAGGAAACUGAUCACUAUAGCAGGACGUCCAAUCAACUGUCCAAUAAACACCAGAGAAUUUCUACCAACUGGUGUCCUGCCAGAUAAUGAGCAGGCAUCAGGAGUAGCCACAGAUGUAACAUUGGUCAAUCCUCAGAGUCUUGCGUUUGGUAACCAGGGGGAGCUGUACGUUGUCGAAAGUGACACUCACCACAUUAACCGUGUCAGGGUGGUAACUUCCGAUGGUCUGAUCCAUCAUUUUGCUGGAGUCAAGUCUAAAUGUGAUUGUCAACAGAUCAUGUGUAAAUGUUAUAAAGAAGAGGAGACCCUUGCUGCUCAAGCCUUGUUCAAUGAGUUAACUUCAAUUACCGUAACACCAGAUGGCAUUGUACACAUCGGAGAUGCUGGAAACCUACGUGUCUUCUCUAUCAUGUCCAAACUCCCCCCUCAGAGUAACGCUGGAGAGUAUGUAGUUGUCUCCCCUGAGACAGAAGAGAUCUACGUCUUUAAUCAUUAUGGCCAACAUAAACACACGGUCAACAUCAUGACAGAUCAAUACAUGUAUAACUUCACAUAUAACGUCAACUCAUUCUACGGUAAACUUGAAAACAUUCUAGACGAUGCCGGAAACAAAGUAGAAAUUAAACGUAACUAUGCCAUGCAUGCUAAGACGAUUAUAUCACCUGACAAUUCACGAUGUGAGAUAAUCAUGGACAACAUGAAUCAGCUACAGAAAUUCCUGUCACCAGAUAAUUCUACUGCUGUCUUUAAGUAUGCAGAGACCUCUGAACUUCUGAUCUCAAAGUUCAUGUCCAACGGUAAAACCUACAUCUACUCGUACAAUCAAAUGGGACGAUUGAGAGAGAUUCAACAACCAACAGGGGAGGUAACUGAACUGAAAACGGACGUCAACACUACGGGAUCUAUUGUACAUGUCACAACAGAUGGAACAGAUAUUGUUGCCAUGGCAACCUAUGGUAGUGUCCAAUCAGCUAUGCACGUUUUCACACAAAACGGUCCAGCAGAGACCAAAGUGACCUACUUACCAGACGGCACCAUUGUAGUUGUGUUUCCUAGCAACAUGUCUAUCUCCGUGGAAUCAGGAGAACACCCAAUCUUAGAAAACCAACAUCGCAUGCACUUCAAGCGCAAAAUUAUUAUGCCAGGGAAGCUUGUCCAUAAACUGGAAUGGCGUUUCUAUAAACGUACUUCCAAAGGACCCUCUCGUCCAAGAAAAAUUGAGCGCGUUGGAAACAGGAUGAGGGUAGGAGCCUCCUUCUCACGGCAUGCGAAUAUGCAUGACACGCAUGGAGCUGCAGAUUACAAGGGAAAAGCCCUCCUGAUAAAUGGUGAAAAUCUAUUAACUGUGCAGUACGACAGGGAAACUCACACAGAAAAAAUAAUGAAGAAAGACUUACAAGAGAUUAUAACUAUCCAAUAUGACGACUCUGGACUUCCAACAAGUUUUUCUCCGGCCAAUGGUCAUCAUGCCCUAAACAUCACCUAUCGUCAGGAUGGACAUAUAUCCCACUGGCAGUAUGGUGAAAUCAGAGAACAGAGGAUAUACAAUGAUGCUGGACUCCUACAGGAGAGGUUGUCCUCGUCAGGAGCACCUUAUACCUUUAGAUAUAGAUAUGGACGUAGGCCAACAGACAUACUAAUGCCAAGUGGUCUACAGUACUACCUAGAAUAUGAUAACCAAGGCAAUCUCAAGUUCUUACGUACACCAGGUCUGGGCAAACAUUACUUUAACCAGAUCACCUCCAUUGGAGUACAGAGAUAUCUGUAUCAUAUUCCAGAACUGGAGAACCCCUAUAUUGAGGAGUAUGAUGCCAAUGGUAAGCUUCUCCAAGUUCUGUUCCCCAGCGAACAGAGGAAAGUGGUCUAUAAGUACAAUAUGUAUGCUCAGCCAGAACACGUCUACUUUGAUGGAACAGAUAUUCAUUUUGUGUAUGAUGACAAUAUCUCAAGGUUAAAAACAGCAGAAAUAAAAUGGAAUUCUUACAAUGCUAUGGAACAUUUUGAAUAUGCUGGAACUCUCUUCAGUCAGUAUGGUAUUGACUUUGCUAUGGAGCGUAGUCUCAGUGCUGUUAGUACAUAUGCAUAUGAUAAUAAUUUUAGACUUACUGAAAUAAGGACUCGAUUUGGUAAAAACUUUACUACCACUUGUAAUAUGGCUUAUGACACUGACACAGGAAGAUUAAAAUCUCUCAAAUCAUUCAAAUUUGAUUGGCCUCUUGUUGAUUCGGAAAGAAUCAGUGACAGUCACAUGACCAUUACAUCGGAAUAUGAUAAUUAUAAUCGUCUCCAAGCGAUGAAGUAUAAGUUUGGUGAGAAAGAGGCUCUUGAGUUUAGCGUUGGAUAUGAUACUAUGAAUAGAAUACAUCACUGGAGUAUGAGAUUGCAGGAAGGUAUGUCAAGUGAUUACCAGUAUGUCUACGAUAUCAACGGAAAUGUUGUUGAUAUCUUAUUGGAUGGACAGUCCACAUGGAGAUAUCGCUAUGACAACAAUGGAAACAUCAAUAAAAUAUCCGAGAGGGAAACUUAUAGAAUUUUGGAAUAUGAUGUUGGUGAUCGGCUAAAGAAAUCUGGACCUUACCAAUACAAAUAUGACAAAGAUGGUUUUCUGAUUCAACGGCAUAAUCAACAAAUUACUUUCAACUCCAAUGGACAGUUUAUUGGAAUAUCCCAGAGAUCGACGUUCAGGAGAAUGUACAUCUAUGACACUCAAGGUAGAUUGAUCAUGGAGGAUAAUAACUUUGGUGGCAUUUUACAAUUUUUCUACAUGAACAUUGAAAAACCAUUGCUGAUAACUCACUCUUAUAACCAUACUACCAGUGAACUGUCACAAUACUUAUACCAUCCUAAUGGAAAACUUAUAGGAAUGGAACGUAAUAACAUCUUCUAUUAUGUAGCAACAGACCCCAUGGGAUCCCCUCUGGUUAUUUUUAACAAAGAUGGUGGUAUUGUUAAGAAAAUGAGUUACGAUCCUCUUGGGAAACUAGAAUCUGAUUCCAGUCCAGGAUUCCAGUUUGUCUUUGGUUUCCAAGGAGGUAUAUACAGCCCUGUAACUGAGCUUGUGAUGUUAAACAGUCGUGUGUAUGACACUGCCACGGGUCAUUGGAUCUCUCCAGGGUAUAGCCAAGUACUGAAAAACUUGAGAGACAUUCCAGAAAACCCCCUUCUCACUAAUAACUACAGGUUUAUGGAUCUUAUAAAUGUACAUGUUCAGAGGAAAAACCUGCCAAUUACAUCUAUAACUAACUGGUUACUGAUGUUAGGCUAUGAUGUCAGAAGUCUGGCGCCAGAUAUAUCUUACAGCGGAGAGAUUCGUCCUAAACAGAAACAAAACCAACAUGUACUUCUUCCCAUGUCGUCUGCUUUUGAGUGCACAUUCUUACGUGACAUGGAUAGUCUUAUUACAAUGACAAAUGUCCCUAAAUCUAAAGUUUCUCCGUUACAGGAAUCGGGAGAUUUAGAGCCAGCUCCGUUACCGUUUAUUUUUGGGAAUGGUGUGAUGCUUUCGUACCAUGAUGGUAAAGCUGUUGUGACUUUAAGUGAUGAUACGCCCAUGUGGGCCAAUCGGUUAGCGCUUGUAUUAGUGAAUUCAUCGCAGAUUGUUAAUUUACGAUUUAAUAUAAAAGGAAAAGAUACACACUAUUUAAUCAAACCUGACCAUGCUCAGGCAGACAUUGAUUUAAAUACAUUAGAUAUCAAAAGUGAUGUUGUUCUGUUUGACAACAAUAUAAAUGUGACUGUUCAUCGGAAUAAACAUAUAGAUUUCCGACAAAAUCCUAAUCCUGAAACAGACAUUCGCCUGAGAGGCAAACACUCCGUUAUCAAUAUUAGAUAUGGCACAACAAUAGAUAAGGAGAGAAAAAGACUAUUGAAGCAUGCCAAGGAGAGGGCUGUUACACAUGCCUGGGCACGAGAAAAGUGGAUCUUACAGAAUAACUUAAAAUCUAAACAUCAGUGGACGGAAGAAGAAAAACAGAGUAUCUUAAACUUUGGAUUUGCUCGUGGAUACGAGGGACAUUUUAUCCGUAGAUCAGAGGAAUUCCCCGAUUUGUCAGACGACUGUAACAACAUCAGAUUUGUGAAGAGUAAUAGAUAACAUCAUUGAUUUCUAUUAUUACUUCUAUGAUGACAUGGGUAAUACUGGGCAUGUGCAACAAUCUGACUGAGAUUUAUAUUGCUCAACUUAAUUAGUGAUCUGUGUAGAAUGCAAUUAGUUGGUACAAUUUCAUGAAAUUUGAUAGAAAGUAACAGUCUAAAAUGGGAGAAAAAAAUCUCAUAAACAGUGAAAAAUAGUUUAUUUAAUAAUGGUUGUUGGUGCUAGGUGUGGUCAUUUUAAACUUGGAAAUUUGAACCAGUCUGCAAAAUAAAUAUAUACAAGACUGAUUAACCUGAAGUCAUAUCUCUUAAGAUUAUAAUGCAAUGACUUCAACAUCCAUGAUAUCUGGCCAAAGAGUAAUGUGUCAAUAAAUUAAAAUAUUUAAAAUAUUUUUUUUAAAUAUUUUAUAAACCAUUUCUUUUAAAUCAUUAUAGCAAAUAAACAAGUCAAAAUUUGAUUAACCUAAAGGUAAAAAAUAAGUACGAACAUAUGAUUAUAGAGGAACCUAGAAUGGAAAUGUUUUCAUUAUUUUGUUCUGAAACUAAAAGACUUUCAUGUUUCUCUAUGUUUAUAUUCUGGUUCAAACUUUCCUUGUCUACAUUAUGUGUUUGUGAAAUCAAAAAUGAGUGUAUAUUCAUUAUAUGUGAAAUAUAUAUGUGACAAAUUAGGUGUAAUAUAUUUAUUGGUGUAAAUAUGUAAAGUUAUUUACUGAAUGCUAUAUAAUCAUACAUACAUAUUGUAAUGAUAGAACUUAAAAAAGUUCAACAUUUUUUUUUAUAUUCAUCAUUUAAAAAAUGCAAAGUUAGUGUUAAUUUAAUGUAUAUGUUUAAUGUUAACUGAAAUCAAGGUUAAUUAAGAUAUUGGCAUUGGCAACUGAUAAACAGGAAACUAGAAUUUCAAGGUUAUUUGAAUUUUCAAGGACAUUCAUGAUUUGUCUGUUUUAUGUCCUGUUACUUUUUGUCUUAAAAACAUUAACCAGAGGUAAUAGAUUCAUAGUUGCAUUAAAACAACCUUGAAUUGACCUUGAUUGAAAACAUUGAAUGUUUAAGAUUUUAAAAUUAUAAUAUUGAAAAGAAGAGAACUUGAUUACGUUAAAAGCAUAGAUUGCACAAACCUGAACAUUCAUCAUUAAGCUCAAAUCAACUUUUUAUUGAGUUUGUUUCGAAUUCUCAACAAGAAUUUUAUACUUGUUUCAACAGUAGAUUAUUGGAACAGUGUUAUACAUUACUUUUUAUUUUGAGUAUUUGAGAAUUUAGAGCAAAAUUUAGCUUUUUUAUGCAUGUAACUUUAUGAAUAAAAUUUUAACCUGACAUGAGAUUUUUAGAAAAGUUUAGUAGUGCUAUAUUUUACACAAUGACAGGUCAUAUUGUUUACUCUGUCUAUUUUAUAUCUAUUGAUUUUAAACUAGUGUUACUAAAAACAUCCAUUGUUCAAUUUAAAUAACAAAGAUCAGAUUUGUGACUUUCAAAAUUUAAAUGUUUAUUUUUUACAUUAUAAAGUUGAAACCUUUAAAUUUUAUACUGCACGAUUUACAUACAGUAUAAAGUUACAUAACAAGGUCAAAAAUACACAUCCUAUUGACAUACUUGUCAUAGUUGUAUAAGCUUCGUAAUAUUUUUGGUAUUGGAUGACCCAAUUUCAAAAAUCAUGAAUGAUUUAGUGCAUCUAUAAAUCUUAAUAAAAGAGAAAAAGUUGAUAAACAGGAGAAAUUUCUCUUUAACCUUUGUAUGUGCCAUUGGAGUACGUUUAAGUACUGGUAUGAUAAAGUGAUCUUGAAUUAACCAUUGAGAAAAUUGCCUGAUGUAAUCUAUAUGUAUAUGUGUGUGACAUAUCAGGCUAAUGUCUAUAAAUAUUUAUCUGUGUAUUGUGUGCCAAACAUAAUUAUAUUGUUAUUACUAUUUGCAAUAAUUCUAUGCUAGUCCCAUCAUAGUUAUCUCCCCUUUUUGUUGACUAGAAAAUAAUUCCAUAGUGAUGUCAAAUUAUUGGAGGGGAUUUCAUGAAGUAUGAUGAAAAUAUUAAUUUACAUGAUAACAGAUUGUUAAGUAUUAUAGUUUAAAGAUAAGUUCCUUCAGAUCCAGUGAUAUUUCGUGAAUACCCCUUUGUGUCUAUUUCAAUAAUAUUUGGGCUUAGUAUGUGAAAAUAAGAUGCAAAAUUCAUCCAGUAAAUAUGUUGGGUAAUUAGAUGUUUUGCAUCAAUCUAGAAUCAUAUGUAAUUACAUUGACCUUUGCAAGUUAGAUAUUUUUACACUAGAUCUACAGUCUUUUUCUUUGUUUAUUUUGUUUUAAGUUUUUUACCUAUGCAAUGUAAACAAACUUCAGCAUUUCCCUAUCAGUGCAAUAUUUUGUUGUUUUUAGACAAUAUUUUUAAAAGUGUUUUUUUUCUCCUCAAUAACCAUGAUAACAUUAACUCAUUGCUUAUUUCUAUAACAUCAUUCACAAACAGAAAAGACAGCUAUGAAAGCAAUACAUGACAUUCAAAUCCCUUUAAAUAUUUUGAUAACCAAUGAAACAGCUGAAUUUUGUUGUUUUUUUGUACAAAAAAAUAAAAAAUUCUGAAGAUUU